AUGUCCGCUAACCCUAAAGCCUUUCCAUUGGCCGACUCUGGCUUGUCCCAGCAAAUCCUCGAUGUUGUUCAACAAGCUCAAAACUUGAGACAAUUGAAGAAGGGUGCUAACGAGGCCACCAAAACUUUGAACAGAGGUAUCUCUGAGUUCAUCAUCAUGGCUGCCGACACUGAGCCUAUUGAGAUCUUGUUGCACUUGCCUUUGUUGUGUGAGGACAAGAAUGUCCCAUACGUUUUUGUGCCUUCCAAAGCUGCUUUGGGCAGAGCCUGUGGUGUCUCCAGACCAGUCAUUGCCGCUUCCGUGACUUCUAACGAUGCCUCGUCCAUCAAGAACCAGAUUUACGGUAUCAAGGACAAGAUCGAGACUUUGUUGAUCUAA